AUGUCAGACGUGACUGAGACACCCGAUCUAUCAGCUCAACUCGCUGCUCUUACUGCUCAGAUGAAUGAAGAACGCGAGAAAAUGAGGAGGCUCGAAGCUGAGAAUGUUGACCUGCUCGUACGAGUGGAGGCCAUGUCCUCUCAAGCCACCGAGGCUCAGCCAUCUCGCUUCCGAGGCCAAGCCAGCCCUAUGCAACCUCUGGGAGACCUCACUCCUAUCUCUAACAGUGAUGGACCGAAUCAGACAGUUCCAUCACCCUCGGUAAGGAAUUAUCAAACUCCACCCACCAUGUCUAACAUUCAAAAUUAUGUUGUCAAUACAGGCGAACAGGUAACCAUGACUGAACAUGGACAUUCAUCUGCGCCCGGAUCACAGCAGAUCCCUGGAGCCAGUCAGCCAGCCACUGGACCCGGACAGCAACAGAUUCCAGGAGCCAGUCAGCCAGCCACUGGACCCGGACAACAACAUAUUCCAGGAGCCAGUCAGCCAGCCACUGGACCCGGACAGCAGCAGGUUUCAAGUGCUAGUCAGCCUACCAUUGGAGCCAGCCAGAUCAUCAUUGGAGCUGGUCAGAAUAUACCUGAGCAGUAG